GUUUUGCUGAUUUAAAUGGCGCUAGUUGUACAAUAUGGCGGACUCACGUGUUGAUGUGUCGAAAGUUCAAAUUAGUGAAGCUGUUUUAGCUUUAAAAAAGGUUGAAAAAUUAUGGAAAGAGAAUGAAAACAGAAAAACUAAAUUGCUGGAAGAUGAUGAACAUUCGAAAAAAGUAUUUUUACAGAUUGGAUUGAAGAAGAUCCCUGAAAUUAAAAGUAAGGCAGUUAAGAUUUACUUACCACAUUGGAAUUUAGAAAAUGGAGUCGGUGAAGUUUGUCUGAUUACCGGAGAUUUGGAUAAAAAGAAUCCACGUGCUGAUCCGGAAGAAACUGUUCGUCAUUAUAAAGAACUGUUAGAAAAACAUGAGAUCACGUGUAUUUCUGCGGUCAUAUCUCUACGUGAAUUGAAUACUGAUUAUAAAGAAUAUGAAGCGAGACGAAAACUAUGUAAUGCUUAUGAUACAUUUCUAACAGACAGGAAAAUACUUGCUUCAGUCAAUGCGGCAUUGGGUAAAUUUGUCUAUGCUAAUAAUAAAAUACCUCGUCGAAUUAACAUAAAUUCUAAAAAUUUAAAAAAGGAAAUUACUAAUGCAUUAGCUUAUUGUAUCUGCUUUGUCCAAGGGAAAGGUUCUGAUUGUACUGUUUGUGUUGGUCAUAUUUCUCAGCCAAAAACUGAAUUGGUCAAAAACAUUAUUACUGCUGUUGAGAAAUUUUCGGAUAGUGUUCAGGGUGGUUGGCGGAAUAUCAAAACAUUGCAUAUUAAAUGUGCUAAGUCUCUUGCGAUACCAUUUUAUGUAUCUCUUGAAUCGCCAAACGAAGUAGAUUUACCAACAUCGGUGGUUCCUAACGAACCAAUUGAAGAUGAAUUAACUACUUUAACAAACGGUCGUGUUAAAGUAUAUCCCGACGGAGAGGUUGAAGUAGUAGAAUCUAAUAAAAAAGAAUUAAUU